AUGGCAUCAGGCAAGUUGCAAGCUGUUGUGUCAGAGGAAAGGAACCCGCGGGGAAUACCAAAAGCGCCAUUUAUCGCAGAUGUCCAGGAAUAUGCUGGAGGAUCGGAUGGGGAUAUCGAGGGCCCGCUCAAAGCUUUCCAAGAUGCCAUGGCAAAGUACCGGUACAUGGACGACAACUUGGCACAGCGACGGAAAGGAUUAGAAGAGAAAAUUCCUGAUUAUAAGAAGACAUUGGAUAUGGUGGAAUAUCUGCAGGAGAGACGCGAGGGAAAGGGCAAGGCAUCGCAAGCUGACGAUAUCGAUGAUGACCUGGACAAUGAGGAUGAUGAUUCGUCCUCAAAACCAAUACGAACCACCUUCGAGCUAAACGAGACGCUGUAUGCCGAAGCAGAACUGGAGGAGACGGAUACAGUCUACCUCUGGCUCGGGGCUAAUGUUAUGCUGUCGUACAAGAUACCAGAAGCCGUCGCUUUACUAAAAUCCAAACUCGAGGCAGCCGAGACGAGUCUUCAAAAUACUAUCGAAGACUUGGAAUUUAUUCGAGAGCAACUGACGAUAAUGGAAGUGAACACCGCUCGUGUAUAUAACUGGGAUGUGAAGCGGCGGCGAGAGCGAAGAGAGAAGGAAGUCCGAGCAGGAUCGAGUGGUACAAAUGCAGGCGACAGUGGUUAG